UUUUUGGGUGUCCCAACUUUCAGGCAACUUAUGCGAGGAGCUCCACACGGCGCAAAACUCGCGUGGAUUCUCGCGUUCGGCGAGGCUGUCCGGCAGACUUUGAACUCGGGCGACCCCCCUCCCCGGCCGCCCCCCGGACCCCCUUCCCCCCCCGAAGCCUCGUAAGGUGACCAUGGCCGCCGUCCCGGCCGCGCUCCUCCCGCCGACUUCCCUGGUGCCCCCGCCGCCGCCUCCGCCGCCUCCUCCGCCGCCUCCGCCGGCCGCCAUCUCCGGCUGCGGCAUCGGCAUCGGCAUCGGCAUCGGCGCGUCCCCGCCGUCGACCACCUCCUCCCCGUCGCCGUCCUCCUCCUCUUCGCUGCCGCCGCUGCCGGCGCAGACGCUCUUCCGCUCCGAGCUGCUGGCCGCCGGCGGCAGCCCGGCGGGCAUCGCGGCGGCCGGCAAGCCCGUGUACUCCACGCCGUCGCCCGUGGAGAACAUCCCGCAGAACAACGAGUGCAAGAUGGUGGAGCUGCGCGGGGCCAAGGUGGCCUCGUUCAACGUGGACGGCUGCGAGCUCAUCUGCCUUCCGCAGGCGUUCGACCUGUUCCUCAAGCACCUGGUGGGGGGCCUGCACACCGUCUACACCAAGCUCAAGAGGCUGGAGAUCACGCCGGUCGUGUGCAACGUGGAGCAGGUCCGAAUCCUCCGCGGGCUCGGCGCCAUCCAGCCCGGCGUCAACCGCUGCAAGCUCAUCUCCAGGAAGGACUUCGAGACGCUCUACAACGACUGCACCAACGCCAGCUCCAGACCCGGUCGGCCCCCGAAGAGGACCCAGAGUGUGACUUCGCCCGACAACCCUCACAUCAUGCCCCACACGGUCCCCGGUCUCAUGUCCCCUGGCAUGAUCCCACCCACAGGUCUGACGGCGGCGGCGGCGGCGGCUGCCAACGCGGCCAUCGCAGAGGCCAUGAAGGUCAAGAAGAUCAAGCUGGAGGCCAUGGGCGCCUACCACGCCAACGCCAACCACCACCACGGGCCCGACGGUGAGAACGGAGACCUCAGCUCCAGCGUCGGCCUGGAACUCCCGUUCAUGAUGAUGCCCCACCCGCUGAUCCCCGUCAGUCUUCCGCCGGCUUCCGUCACCAUGGCGAUGAGCCAGAUGAACCACCUCAGCACCAUCGCCAACAUGGCCGCCGCCGCGCAGGGCCAGAGCCUGCCCUCGAGAAUGGUCACGUCUGUCAUCAAGGGCUGUGUGUUGUCACUGCAGGGUUUGCAGGAGCGCAUGCAGGACAGUCCGUCCCCCGCCCCGUCUUUAGAGGACCACCGGAGGCCCGGCAGCCACCCGUCGUCUCACCGUAGCAGCAGCGUGUCCAGCUCGCCCGCCCGCACGGAAAGCUCCCUGGACAGGAUACCGCCGCACCACAACGGCCUGUCCGUGAACCAAGCCCUGCUCGGCUUGUCCCCCAACAUCCCGCCCGGACCUAAAGAGGGAGACCUGGCCCACGACAUGAGCCACGAAGGCAAGAGGAUGCAUGCAGAAAAAGACGAUAACCUGAUGUGCACGCCAACGGCGAGAGACAGCUACGAGCGCUUGUCGUUGGCCGGACCGACUCUGCCUCCCGGCUUCCCCUCGCCCUUCCUCUUCCCGGACGGCCUGUCGUCAAUAGAGACUCUCCUCACCAACAUACAGGGCCUGCUGAAGGUGGCCAUCGACAACGCGCGAGCGCAGGAGAAGCAAGUUCAGCUGGAGAAGACGGAGCUGAAGAUGGAGCUGUUCCGAGAGCGGGAACUCCGGGAGACUCUGGAAAAGCAGCUGGCCAUGGAGCAGAAGAACAGAGCCAUCAUCCAGAAGCGUCUGAAGAAGGAGAAGAAAGCCAAGAGGAAACUGCAAGAAGCUCUGGAGUACGAAUCCAAGAGGAGAGAGCAGGCGGAGCAGACCCUCAAGCAGCCGUCGCCCGCCGACAGCAUGCGCUCGCUCAACGACGCUCUGACCCCUGAGAUGGAGAGCGACCGCGGCAGCGGAAGAACAGAUGCUGAAAGGACAAUACAAGGCUACUUCCUGUUUCCUGGAGGAUGCCAAACGGACGGACCGUACCAUUAUCUUUCUGUGGGGCGGAUCGGCUCCACUGAUGCGAUUGUGACUCAAACGACGGAAGACUCUUCCUGAAAACCGCCGUCAUGUACUAAUAGCGCCGACAGGAGCUACGUACUUGGAGGAAAUCUGGUGGGGGGAGAGCGAUUUAAAAAACAAAAAAAAAAGAAGAUGGAAACAAAGGAUGGGAAAGAUUCUCCAGAGUCCGUUUGCAGUACGAUUUAGUUUUUCGGGAUGACGUGGAGUUGCCGCUUGAAGGAAAUGCUGGAGGAAGUCUGACUGUAGAAUCAAAACAAGUUUUUCUCUCCCUGGGAUUUUAGCUGGUUUCGUCACAGGGGAAAAAGCAGCUUCGGGUCGUAGAUCGAGCACAGUCGAACGUUGCUAGCGACACAUCCAACCGCAGCACUGAAGAUUUGUUUUUAAUACCAGUGACAGGAAUUCGAUUCCAUUUUUGUAUUUCAAAUUUGAAUUUUCAGACGGGAACAGAAAAGAUGGAAACGUUGUGAACACAUUUUUUUCUUGACAAUACAAUCAAGUUUCUUUCUACCAUUGUUGUACAUACAAUGCUAACAAUGAUAGGACAACUGGAGCAGGUUGCUAUGAUAUGUAUAUAUAUAAUGUCAUGCAGUAGCGCUAGUCGGCAAACAAAGCACCGUUUCUAUAAACUUCUCUUUUGUUUUUGUUUUUUUUUGUUGUAUUCCUGAGCCAUCAUUCUUUCCUCUAGCUGCCACUUUGUUGAGAAAGCAUGCAGGCAUGAUGUAAAUGUUUGUCCUGAAAUUAUGAUAUUUAAUAAUAAAUCCUCUAUUGUGCUGAACAAACACCACCACCACCACAACAAAUCUUUCCAAUUGAAGACUUUUCCUCUCGUACGCUCAUAAUGUAAUCUUUGUAACAGAGGUGAUAUUUCUUGGAGGUUUCUGGAACAUUUUGGAUGAUUUUGAGCCCUCAAAAUCGGCACUUUCUGUUCUUUUCCUUUUCUAAAAAGAGAAACGAGACUCUCGAGAACGACCUGUCAAUAUUUGUGCAACAAGUUCUCCCUGAAACAAAGAAAAACAAACAAAACAAAAAAAAAACACUGCACAUUUUUUUUCCAUGACUUUCCUGGUAUCCCGAUGGAUAGAAAGUGAACUCUUGUCCCUGAAAGACUUUUCAACGUGCGUGUGUGCGUGUGUAUAUUCUUAUCGAAAUAACCCGAUGUCACUUUUGAGCCUUUGUGUUCCUUCCAGUCAUCAGAAGAAGAAGAAGAAGAAGAAGAAGCAGCAGCCUCGCGCACGUGUGUGUGUGUUUUAUCACUGAUAACUUAUAUAGCUUCUUGUUUUUCCCUCUCAAAAUCAUCUCUUCGUUGUACUUUCAAUAAUGUUGACAAUAAAACCAUGUGAGGGUGAGAAAGGGGGUGCGCCCUCUCUUUUGUCCAUGUAUGUAAAGGGCGGUACCCCAAGAAAAUUGCAGGUAUGCUGUACUGUAGAAAAUGACUGAGCAUAUUGUUCUUCUCUUUGUAUAGCAGUGAAAGAAAAAGUAUACCAAUCAUCUUUUCCCUUCGGGAGUGUUUUUGCGGUGGGUGGACUGCGUACUUUUGACUUCCAUGUGUGUGUGUGUGUG